GCUCACGGAGACAAAGACUGUCUUCUGUUCGGACAUCUGUCCGUCUAUAUUUUCAUCUCUGAUAAGUAUUUUCUGUAGCCGCCAUCAUUCCGUGCUGUAAGGGCGACCCUGAAAUGUCUUCCAACGGAGACCUCAGCGACCUGGGGAGCUCUGACAGCUUCUGGGAGCCGGGACACUACAGAAGGACGGUCAGGCGGAUAGACGAUGGUCACCGUCUGUGUAACGAGAUGGUCAGCUGCUUCCAGGAGAGGGCCAAGAUAGAGAAGAGUUACUCUCUGCAGCUGAGCGACUGGGCCAAGAGGUGGAGGGGCGUCGUGGAGAAAGGCCCUCAGUACGGGACGCUGGAGAAAGCCUGGCACGCCUUUAUGCAGGCGGCCGAUCGGCUCAGCGAGCUGCACCUGGAUCUGCGUGAGCGGCUGGCGGGCGAGGACAGCCAGAAGGUGCGCGACUGGCAGAAGGACGCCUUCCACAAGCAGAUGAUCGGAGGCUUCAGGGAGACCAAGGACGCAGACGACGGCUUCAGAAAAGCACAGAAACCCUGGGUCCGCAAACUGAAGGAGGUGGAUGCCAGUAAGAAGAGCUACCAUCAGGUCAGGAAGGAGGAGUGGACGGCGCUUAACAGAGAAACGCACGCCAAGGCCGACCCGACAAAGUCACAGGAGGAAGUCCGCAAGUUCACGACCCGGGCAGAGCGCUGCAGCGAGGAGGCCGAGAAAGUGAAGCAGCGCUACAUGAAGGCCCUGGAGGAGCUGAACCGCUGUAACCCCCGCUACAUGGAGGACAUGGAGCAGGUGUUCGACCUCACCCAGGAGGCCGAGCGCAAGAGGCUGCGCUUCUUUAAAGACGUCCUGCUGGACAUCCACACACACCUGGACCUGUCCUCCAAAGACGGGUUCAAAGGCCUGUACCGGGAUCUGGGUCAGACCAUCCAAGCAGCCAACGACACCGAUGAUCUGCGAUGGUGGAGGAACACCCACGGCCCGGGCAUGAGCAUGAACUGGCCUCAGUUUGAGGAGUGGUCUCCGGAGGCGAGUCGCUCCAUCAGCAGGAAGGAGCGAGUGAGAAACUGUGAGGACAACGUGGUCACCCUCACCAACAUCGUGUCCUCGGGCGGAGACAACGUCCCGCCGAGUCCCAUCACCUUGGACACCGGCCGGGUGAAAGAUUAUUCGUCGGACUGGUCAGACGAGGAGAGUCCUAAGAAGGAGCUGGCGGUGAACGGCGUGGGGGAGGCGGAGGAGGAGGAGGAGGAGGAGGAUCAGGUAGAGGGGGCGCGAGUCCGAGCGCUCUAUGAUUACACGGGCCAGGAGGCCGAUGAGCUCAGCUUUAAAGCAGGUGAGGAGCUGCUGAAGAUGAGUGAGGAGGACGAGCAGGGCUGGUGUAAAGGACAGCUGAGCGACGGCCAGGUCGGCCUCUACCCGGCCAACUACGUCCAGCUCGUCGGCUCCUGAUGCCCCGCCCCCUUUUCUGGUCGCCCAGCCAAUGGAACAGCUACACUCAAGAUGCCAGGACCAAUCAAAAGCUGUUAGUGCCGACGUGUAGACGGUGAAACCAGACAGUUUGUUUAACUGACUGUAAAUUCGUCAAGGAGUUUGUUUUUUUCUGUUUUUUGAUGAACAGACACUUUAGAAAAACAAGGACACGAGUUCUCUGACGGGACGUUGUGGUUUUCUGCUCGCCGGCAUCAUUUUCAGUUACUAGAGUCAGAAAAUCCACAUGUUAUCAAAGAGGACAAACACCACGGCUGACUGUGAUUGGCUGAAACAUCUGUCAAUCAAACACAAGCUUCUUUUUAAAGAAAUCGUUUGACAUUUUGGUGAAUAAGCUUCUUUGCUUUCUUUGAUGGGAAGUUGGAUAUCACUUUAAUAUCUCAUUUAGGGUUACAGCCAGCAGCCUGUUAGCUUAGCUUAGCAUAAAGACUCUUUUGGAAUUACAAUUCCCAUUCUUUUUUUGUUACAUGAAUGUUACAUGAACACUUCUACGGCUCCGAUCGGCGUAAAACUCUUGAAUCACUAGUAAAAAAAGAUUACCAACUGUUUAAGAAAACAUUUGGUUCCUUGGUUUGAAAUGUAAACGUUACAUGCUUAUGUGCAUAAAAGUUAAAUGCUGUAAGACUCCCAAGAUUCAAUUCGGCAAGAAAAACAACAAAUCGACCCUUCUCUAAGCCCCGCCCCCAGUCUAUGGAGCAGAGCCGAUAGCUGUCGGGAACCUGGUCGGAGCUGGCUGAUGCUGAGCUAUGAUUGGCCAGUCUGCUUUCGAGGGGCGGGACUUAGCGAAGGGUCGGUUACAAAUUCACGUCUAAAAGGAAAACCACAAAUUGUGAAAAUGUGCAGAAAACAUGCAGAAACUCGCGACAAUCAACUGUAAAGUCGACCGUUCAAGGUUUAUGUUUAGCCCUCAAUCAACUCUCAAAUGCUACGCUAAGCUAACUGGCUGUAGUUUUUUCAACUGUCGACAUAAUUACUUAAUAACUAUUUUAUUAAAGCCUUAGAAUUCUCAUCAAUAAAUAAAAUCAACUUCUUUUCGAGGGAAAAUAUCAUUUUUAUAGAACAUUUUGGGACUUUUUCCGUUAGAUUUCAGUCUUUUGAUCUAGUGGUCGUUUGAGGAACUGCAGCUCGAGACCCUUCAUCAUCUUCAUCAUCCUCUCCGCUCAGCUGCUUGAAUCAAGAGAUGAAACUACUCGAUGAGAACAGACUGUCAGUGCCUUAAGUCAGCGAGGACGGAAGUGUCUGACCGAGGAACUACAGCUCCCAGUAGAAACCAGUAGAAUCUCCUCCCACCUGGACUCUAAAGUGUUCUGGCUUCUGAUUGGCUCAUUCAUGCUUCAUAUAUUUUGUAGUUUUUUUUUUUAGACGUAACACUGAAUUCACUUUCUUUCCUCUUUUUUUUUUGAAAUGUUAGCUUGUUUAUGUAAAGUUUGAUUAUUGACGCGUAAACUGUCGCUACGUUUCUUUUUUUAAGAAUAGCAUUUUUACAGUCAACCUUUUUACUUUCUAAUUUAUUCUCCUCUUUAAUUUUAGUUUAUUUUUAUUCCUUUUAGGCGGAGAAAGUAAAGCUGACUGUGUAGAGUUUUGGUGGUUUGGUGCUAGUUUUUUUUGUUUUGCUGCGAUCACGAAGCACACGCACUUCAAACAUCUGAAAUAAUAAUAAUAAUAUUCCGUCUGAUGUUUUGGGUUUUCUUCAUGUUUAAGUUUGGGUUUUGUGUGUGUGUGAGGGCUCCUCCUCUGUCCUGCUGAUCCGAGCAUCGCUACAGCUAACCCACGAAUAAUACGAGAUAAUUAAAACGCUUCAGAGCUGCUUCUUCAUUCUUUUCUUUAAGAGACUAUAACGUGUACAGAACAUAAAGUGGGAGGCAACAAUAAAGAGCUUUCUGCAGCUGGA